AUGGCGGACAAGGACGUCGCAAGUCUUGUCAAUCGAGUGGUAAUGCCAGGCGAUGUCAUCGGCAAUGUGGCAGAUUUAGAAGCAACUAUCGAAGGAAAAAGCAAAAUCAAGUUUGGGCCUGGGUUGCGAGAGGAGAACGGCGUGAUUUUAGCAUACAAGGCAGGAGUUUUAAGACUUCGAAAACCGGCCACUUAUUUGAUUGACUGCAAUCAAAGGAGGGUAAGACUCGUGUUGCACAUGGCACAUGAUAUAGAUUUAGAAGGUAAGGGUAAGUAACUUUUUCUCUUGCUGUUUACUUAGUAUGUCCCAGUGAAGGAAGAACGUGUCAUUGGCAUUGUUACCAACAGAGGCUCUGACAGCUACAAAGUUGAUAUUGGAGGAGCUAUGCCUGCAUCACUACCUAGUCUGUCAUUUGAAGGAGCAACCAAGAAGAACAAACCUAACAUUCAGGUAAAAUCAUUUUUAAUGCUUCCAUUUGAAAUAUUCAGGGUUGUCACUAGAAUUUCAAGUUCCCAGAUAUAUGCAAUUAGUCGGUGGGGAACUGAACAGCAAGGGAGUUCUUUUGCUCUUCCUACAGACCUACCAACCCCUAAAAAGAGAAAAUCUGGAGACACAUGGAAAAAAAAAUCAGGAGAUUCUACAAAGAAGUAGUGAGAUUCUAUUUUUCCUGAUCAAGAUUAAACGAACACUCUUUUCCAUUGGGGUAUACAUGAACUGUUUCAUUUUAAAUAUAACCCUGUUUUAGUAGGGCCCCUGUUGUAACAAAUUAGAGGCUGCUUUUGCUUUGAUGACUUUAAGAGGCCAGAGGAUAAGUCAUCCCUUGGAAGAAACUUACAGUAAAGAGUUUUUUCUUUCGGGAUAAGCCAACUUUAUAGCUGAAAUGUUAGACAAAGUCCCAUCAAGGCUUAAAGAGCAGGGCUGUCAAAAGUAGCUGGCUGCUGGCGAAAAUCGCCACCUACUUGGUUAGUUUCGGCAAGCUACUCUGCUUGGCAUUUCUUCAUGGAUGGCAUUUUUUAUUAAUAAACUAUAACCGUUCACCAACAAGAUUAAAAGGUAAAGAGCAUAGCUUAAUCUCUGGAUUUUCAGUAAUUUUUGAGAGAAAAUAGCCUGGAGAGUGCAGAAAACAGCAUAUCAGACAAUCUAAAUGUAAAAAUAUUCCAGGGAAGCAAGCCCCCAGUCCCCCCGAGAGGCUUACACCUUUGGUGCACUAGCUGGUUACUUUGACCACUCAGACACAUAUCACUAGCGAUAUGUGUUUCUCAGGAAGGGGAACACACAUCACUAGGGAUAUAUGUUUCCCAGGUAGGGGAACACAUUAUCACUAGGAAUAUGUGUUUCCCAGGUAGGGGAACACAUAUCACUAGGGAUAUGUCUAUCCUAGGUAGGGGAACACAUAUCAUCAGGGUUAUGUGUUUCCCAGGUGCGGGAACACAUAUCACUAGGGAUACGUGUUUCAAAGGUGGGGGAACACAUAUGGCUACGGAUAUGUGUUUUCCAGGUAGGGGAACACAUAUCACUAGGGAUAUGUGUUUCCCAGGUGGAAGAACACAUAUCACUAGGGAUAUGUGUUUCCCAAGUGGAAGAACACAUAUCACUAGGGAUAUGUGUUUCCCAGUUGGGGAAACCAAAACACUAGGGAUAUGUGUUUCCCAGGUGGAUAAACACAUAUCACUAGGGAUAUGUGUUUCCCAGGUAGGGGAUCACAAAUCACUAGGAUAUGUGUUUCCCAGGUAGGGGAACACAUAUCACUAGGAAUAGGUGUUUCCUGGGUAGGGGAACACAUAUCACUAGGGAUAUGUGUUUCCCAGUUGGGGGAACACAUAUCACUAGGGAUAUGUGUUUCCUGGGUAGGGGAACACAUAUCACUAGGGAUAUGUGUUUCCAGGUGGGGGAACACAUAACACUAGGGAUAUGUGUUUCCCAGGUGGGGGCACACAAAUCACUAGGGAUAUGUGUUUCCCAGGUAGGGGAACAAAUAUCACUAGGGAUAUGUGUUUCCUAGGUAGGGGAACACAUUUCUCUAGGGAUAUGUGUUUCCAAGGUGGGGGAACACAUAUCGCUAGGGAUAUGUGUUUUCCAGGUAGGGGAACACAUAUCACUAGGGAUAUGUGUUUCUGAGGUGCAAGAACACAUAUCACUAGGGAUAUGUGUUUCCCAGGUAGGGGAUCACAAAUCACUAGGGAUAUGUGUUUCCCAGGUAGGGGAACACAUAUCACUAGGAAUAGGUGUUUCCUGGGUAGGGGAACACAUAUCACUAGGGAUAUGUGUUUCCCAGUUGGGGGAACACAUAUCACUAGGGAUAUGUGUUUCCUGGGUAGGGGAACACAUAUCACUAGGGAUAUGUGUUUCCAGGUGGGGGAACACAUAACACUAGGGAUAUGUGUUUCCCAGGUGGGGGCACACAAAUCACUAGGGAUAUGUGUUUCCCAGGUAGGGGAACAAAUAUCACUAGGGAUAUGUGUUUCCUAGGUAGGGGAACACAUUUCUCUAGGGAUAUGUGUUUCCAAGGUGGGGGAACACAUAUCGCUAGGGAUAUGUGUUUUCCAGGUAGGGGAACACAUAUCACUAGGGAUAUGUGUUUCUGAGGUGCAAGAACACAUAUCACUAGGGAUAUGUGUUUCCCAGGUAGGGGAUCACAAAUCACUAGGGAUAUGUGUUUCCCAGGUAGGGGAACACAUAUCACUAGGAAUAGGUGUUUCCUGGGUAGGGGAACACAUAUCACUAGGGAUAUGUGUUUCCCAGUUGGGGGAACACAUAUCACUAGGGAUAUGUGUUUCCUGGGUAGGGGAACACAUAUCACUAGGGAUAUGUGUUUCCAGGUGGGGGAACACAUAACACUAGGGAUAUGUGUUUCCCAGGUGGGGGCACACAAAUCACUAGGGAUAUGUGUUUCCCAGGUAGGGGAACAAAUAUCACUAGGGAUAUGUGUUUCCUAGGUAGGGGAACACAUUUCUCUAGGGAUAUGUGUUUCCAAGGUGGGGGAACACAUAUCGCUAGGGAUAUGUGUUUUCCAGGUAGGGGAACACAUAUCACUAGGGAUAUGUGUUUCUGAGGUGCAAGAACACAUAUCACUAGGGAUAUGUGUUUCCCAGGUAGGGGAUCACAAAUCACUAGGGAUAUGUGUUUCCCAGGUAGGGGAACACAUAUCACUAGGAAUAGGUGUUUCCUGGGUAGGGGAACACAUAUCACUAGGGAUAUUUUUUUCCUAGGUGGGGGAAGACAUAUCACUAGGGUAUGUGUUUCCUAGGUAGGGGAACACAUAUAACUAGGGAUAUGUGUUUCCUAGGUGAGGGAACACAUAUCAUUAGGGAUAUGUGUUUCUUAGGUAGGGGAACACAUAUCACUAGGGAUAUCUGUUUCCCAGGUAGGGGAACACAUAUCUCUAGGGAUAUGUGUUUUUCUAGGUGGGGAACACAUAUCACGAAGAAUAUGUGCUUCCUAAGUGGGGGAACACAUAUCACUAGGGAUGCAUGUUUCCUAGGUAGGGGAACACAUAUAACUAGGGAUAUUUUUUUCCUAGGUGGGGGAAGACAUAUCACUAGGGUAUGUGUUUCCUAGGUAGGGGAACACAUAUAACUAGGGAUAUGUGUUUCCUAGGUGAGGGAAAACAUAUCACUAGGGAUAUGUGUUUCUUAGGUAGGGGAACACAUGUCACUAGGGAUAUCUGUUUCCCAGGUAGGGGAACACAUAUCGCUAGGGAUAUGUGUUUUUCUAGGUGGGGAACACAUAUCACGAAGAAUAUGUGCUUCCUAAGUGGGGGAACACAUAUCACUAGGGAUGCAUGUUUCCUAGGUAGGGGAACACAUAUAACUAGGGAUAUGUGUUUCCUAGGUGAGGGAACACAUAUCACUAGGGAUAUGUGUUUCUUAGGUAGGGGAACACAUAUCACUAGGGAUAUGUGUUUCCCAGGUAGGGGAACACAUAUCACUAGGGAUAUGUGUUUUUCUAGGUGGGGGAACACAUAUCACGAAGAAUAUGUGCUUCCUAAGUGGGGGAACACAUAUCACUAGGGAUGCAUGUUUCCUAGGUAGGGGAACACAUAUAACUAGGGAUAUGCGUUUCUCAGGUAGGGGAACAGAUAUCACUAGGGAUAUGUGUUUCUUCUACUUGGGAAACCCUUAUCCCUAGUGAUAUGUGUUCCCCUACUAUAAUAUACUAUAUUUUUUCUCACAAACACUUAAAUUGUAAAUUUUUUUUUGGUAAACAUUUUAACUGAUGUGACCUGUUAUUUGAGCAGCUAAUUGAUUACCUUUGUUAAUCGGCGUGAUGAAGAAUUGAGACCGUAUGGUGAUUUUGUUUUAUUUAGUACUGAUGAUAUUGGGUCAAGCAUUUAACAGAAUUGGAAAAAAUCAGUAUCUGAUUGAUCGGCAUGGAUGUCACCCAAUGCCAAUAUUUGGACAUGUUCCUUCUACGUUGGUAAAAUUGUACUGGACGCCCCUGUAUCUAAGAUGCUAGGAAUUAGUGAAAAAUGAACAAAAUUAUUCAAUUGAUUUAGUUUCUUGGUUGAUUAACCAGAGUUUGAGUCAAGUAUUUUGUCUUGUUCAAAAGUCAAAUCCAAAGUAAGGAUAGACUAACGAUUUAAAGAAAGAGCGUUUUGGAUUUCUAGACGGCCUAGACAUAAAAUUACUUUUACUAAAAUUAUAUUAGUUUUGUUGAGCUUGCUACAGUUAUAAGAAUAAACGCCUCCUGUCAGUUUCUGUUGAAAGCCUCUGCUUGGACCAGCUCCACGCAUUUAUCAGGUUAUUUACUGUAUAUUUAACAAUUAUUCCUUGAGCCCGAAUGGGCUCUGAGUCAAUAGCCCCAUUCGGCCUUCGGCCUCAUGGGCUAUUGACUAAUAAUUAUUGUUUUAGUAAAAUCCAACUAGCUGGUCAAAAAUAUCGAGAAUAAAAAAAAUUUAGCUAGUUAAAGCUAGACUUUAAUCUUUUUUUGCCGCCAAAAAGCCCGCGCUGUUCACUACUAGUGGGCUAUAACAUAUAGCCUAGUAGUAGCUCAACCAAUCA